AUAUAUAUGUAUGUAUAAUAAUUGAGUGUAAUGUGAUAUGUACUAGACUGCCGAAAAAUUAAAGUUUGCUUAAUUAGAAAGUUAGAUCGAUCCCAAAUGCCUAUUCCUUUCAUUACUGUUUGUACUGUUUCGAGACCUUUGUUCAGUCCUGUGCUCGUUUACUUUCUUUUCAUUCUCUUUCUCCUCCCCCAUGGUCAUCAUGGAGCCCAAGCUAAUUCCUAUAAGAACAAAGAAAUAAAUAUCGGUGUCAUCAUUGAUGUGAAUUCCCGCAUAGGGAAGGAAGAGCAAACAGCGAUGGAAAUCGCAGCUCAGAAUGAAGCUCCAAAGGGUCGAAGUGUGUCUCUCCAUUUUCUGGACUCCGACAGAGACCCCCAACAAGUCGCUUCUGCUGCUGAAAAUCUUAUCAAAGAGAAGAAAUUGAUUGCUAUCAUUGGCAUGCACUCAUGGCAGAAAACAGCUUUAGUUGCUGAUGUUGGAAACAGGACUCAAGUUCCAGUUCUUUCAUUUGCAUCACUUGCCAUAACCUCACCAACGAUUCAACUUCGUUGGCCUUUGUUGAUUCGGAUGGCGAACGAAGGUUCUGCACAAGUAAAAUGCAUAGCAGAUAUUGUCCGUGCAUGCAAUUGGAGAAGAGUGAUUGUUAUUUACGAAGAGGAUGCAUAUGGUGGUGAUUCAGGAAUGUCGGCUCUCUUAGCUGAAGCACUUCAGAACAUUGGGGUGGAGAUUGAGUGUCGUCUGGUUCUUCCAUCAUUUUCCUCUGUGUCUAAUGCUGAAGGACUUGUACAAGAAGAGCUGGUGAAGCUAGAGAAUGAAACGCUGAGUCGGGUUUUUAUUGUUCUUCAGACAUCAUUAACGAUGGUGACUAACUUAUUCAGAGAAGCUAAAAAAUUGAGACUUGUUGGAGGAGAGACAGAGUCAGCUUGGAUAAUCCCAGACAGCAUUACAAACAUGCUGGACUCUAUUGACAAAUCCAUUAUUUCAUCUAUGAAUGGCACUAUAGGAAUCAAAACACUAUACUCCAAUCACAAUAAAGAAUAUGUCAAGUUUGAGAAAAGAUUCAGAGCCAGUCGUUCAGAGGAAGAAAACUCGAAGCCGGGAAUUUAUGCUCUACGUGCAUAUGAUAGCAUUAAAAUCAUUACUCGGGCCAUAAAGAGUAGUUCUGAUGACUCUAGUAGCCUUUUGAAAAAUAUAUUAUCAGACAGUUUCUCAGGUUUAAGUGGAGAAAUACGUUUUGAAGGGAAAAUGCUUUCACAAAAUCCCAAAUUCAAGAUUGUGAAAGUGGAUGGGGAGAAAAGCAAUGAAUUAGACAUCUGGACACCAGAUAAUAAUGGGGGUGUUAAGAAUACGAAUACAAAAGAAAAGGCUUGGCCAGGGCUAGAUAAGGUUCCCAAAGGCUGGGCAAUGCCUUCAAAAGCAAAACCAAUGAGAAUCGCAGUUCCAGCUCAUGCCAGGUUCAAAGAGUUUGUGGAGGACAUGAACAGAAACAACUCAAAUGGCGAAAUAUUUCGUGGUUUCAGCAUUGAAAUCUUCCAUAAGGUGAUGGAACAAUUGAAAUAUACAGAUAAUCUGCAAUAUAUAUUUGAGUCCAAAAAUGGAUCCUAUGAUGACUUGGUUGAACUUGUCCAUAACAAGACUUAUGAUGCUGUUGUUGGUGAUAUAACCAUACUAUCCAAGAGGUCAAAGGAUGUGGAAUUUACUCAGCCAUACACAGAGUCAGGGUUGACUAUGGUAGUUCCAGCGAAGUCUAAAGAGUCACCGUGGAUGUUCAUGAAGCCUUUUACCCGGGGAGUGUGGUUGUUGGUUGCUUUCAUCUUGAUUUACACCAUGUUCAUAGUUUGGUUCUUGGAGCAUCCAUCCAAUCCGGAAUUUAAAGGCUCGUUGAAGGAUCAGAUUGUGACCGCCAUGUGGUUUGCCUUCUGCUCUCUGUUCUUUGCUCACAGAGAGAGGAUUUACAACCACCUUACACGAGUGGUGAUCGCAGUGUGGCUAUUUCUAGUGUUUGUGUUAACUGCAAGCUACACUGCCAAUCUCUCUUCAAUGCUCACUAUUCAGAGUAUGGAACCGAGUGUCACAUCUAUGGAGUCGCUUAAGAGUAACAACUUAACCGUUGGUUAUGACAAGGGUGCCUUUGUAGGCAAAUACCUGGAGGAAAUGCAUAAUUUCAGCUCUACCAACAUCAAGGAAAUUGAUAGCGAAGAGAAAUAUAUAAAGGAAUUUGAAAGCAAAGGUAUAUCAGCUGCCUUUCUUGAAGCCCCAUAUGCGAAAGUCUUCCUCCAUAAAUACUGCAAGGGAUACAUCGCUGACACCAGUCAUACAGCCACCUACAGAUUUGGAGGCUUUGGAUUUGCAUUUCAAAAAGGCUCUCCGUUUGCUAGAGAGUUUUCGGAAGGAAUUCUGAGACUAUCAGAGAAAGGAGAUCUAAAGAUACUUGAAAAUGAUUUGACUCCCCCGAAUGAGUGUUCAAUGAAUGUGUCUUCCGAUGAAACCAGAAGCUUGGGCCUAAAAAGUUUCUGGGGUCUCUGCUUGAUAUCUUUCUCCACUUCCACUAUUUGUUUUUUGCUAUCCUUGAUUCAUUUAAUAAAGAACUAUCAACGCUAUGAAGAGGCAAACCGAGGUAGUGUAACUCCGAGUGGCAGUGUUUGGGACAAGGCAGCUAGAAUAGCAAUGUACUUUUAUGAUAAAGAGAUGGGGCUAAGUAGAGCUCAAUCUUCAAGCGAACUGAGUCUGGUUAUGAUACAAAGCUAAUCAAUGUUCCACAUUGAGAGUUCAUUGUAAAGUUAAGAUUUUAUUUUUUUAAUUUGAUAUUGUACAAAGUGUCAUGUGUAAUACCUGAAUAAGCUUUAUAAAAUUUAAUCCGACA